GAGGAGGUGAUGCUAACGAGGAAGGUGCGGGCAAGCGAGGUGGUGGUGGCGGAGAUGGUGAGAACCUCAAAGGAGGACGGCGUUGACAUGCAAGCUUGCGUGACCAGCCUCAAGUGCCCUCUCUCCCUCAAACGCAUUAAGCUAGAGGAUAAAGUGGAGGUGCUUUCAGAUGGCAGGUGGAGAAGGGUGGAGAGUGGUAAUGGGGCUGCUGGCACUCACUACUUCUCUGUGUUUCUCAUCCAUUCCCCUCUUCCUUCUCUUCCUCCCCCACUUUCCCCACUGGAAAAGAUUCUUGAAGAAACGAGUGAGGAGGACGACGAGGUGGAAGUGUUUCCGGAUGGCAGGUGGAGAGUGGUGGAGAGCGGUGAUGGGGAAGACGGUAGCUUCUCCGAGUCAGACGAGGAGGAGAGGAUGAUUCUGAAUGCGUUGAAGAGGAGAGAGGAGGAGAAGAGGAAGAAGGAGGAGGAGGGGGAGAGGGUGCAAGGGGGGGAAGGGGUGGGAGUUACUGGUGGUAACGAGCACGUGAUUGGUGGUAACCAGCACGUGAUUGGUGGUAACCAGCAAGUGAAUGGUGGUAACCAGCAAGUGAAUGGUGGUAACCAGCACGUGAAUGGUGGUAACCAGCACGUGAAUGGUGGUAACAAGCACGUGAUUGGUGGUAACCAGCACGUGAAUGGUGGUAACCAGCACGUGAUUGGUGGUAACCAGCACGUGAAUGGUGGUAACCAGCACGUGAUUGGUGGUAACCAGCACGUGGAUGGUGGUAACCAGCACGUGGAUGGUGGUAACCAGCAAGUGAAUGGUGGUAACCAGCACGUGAAUGGUGGUAACCAGCACGUGAAUGGUGGUAACCAGCACGUGAUUGGUGGUAACCAGCACGUGAAUGGUGGUAACCAGCACGUGAUUGGUGGUAACCAGCACGUGAUUGGUGGUAACCAGCACGUGAAUGGUGGUAACCAGCACGUGGAUGGUGGUAACCAGCACGUGGAUGGUGGUAACCAGCACGUGGAUGGUGGUAACCAGCACGUGGAUGGUGGUAACCAGCACGUGGAUGGUGGUAACCAGCACGUGAACGGUGGUAACCAGCACGUGAUUGGUGGUAACCAGGAGCAGGAGUCCCUGCUCGAGUUGAGGGCGCGCCUUGACGUGGCGGAAAGACAAGAGGCGGAGACCCGGAGGAGGAAGGCCGGUGCUGCUGCUUCUCCUGCUGCUACUGCUGCCCCUGCUGCUGCUGCUGCUGCUGCCCCUGCUGCAGGGGCGGCAGGAGUAGCGGCAUUAGGAGGACAGGAAGCGGCAGCUGCAGUAAUGGAAGCACAUGCAGCACUAGCAACACACGAAGCUGCAGCAGCAGCAGCAGCUCAGGAGGAGGACGCAUGGUGGUCAGAUGGCACGUUGCAGCAGGAGGAGGUGGCAGGGCGACAGCAGGAGGAGCAGCGUGACAGCAGCACGGCUUUAGGGUUGACUGCUUGGGCUGCUGCUGGGCCUCCUAUGCGCUCUGCCAGCCCUCUGCGCUCUGCCAGCCCUCUGAACUCUCCUGCUGUUGCGGCAGAAGGAGGUGCCGCACGAGCAGCAGCUGCAGCAGCACGCCCAAAUAGAGCAGCCGAACCCGCACGGGCCGCACCGCCCACGCGCCCAGCAGCAGUAGCAGGGGCCCUGCCGUCGGUGGAUGUCCAUGGGGCGACGAAGCAAGUCAACAGCAGCAACAGCAGCAGCAAGCAGGAUCAGCUGUGGCAGGGGAAACCGGCACAGGGACACAGAGCGGACGAGAGUGGCCCAAGCAGGGUGGAAGGGGAGUUGGUUGGCGGCGGCGGCAGCAGCCCUGGGGCGAGUGGGAAGGCGACCGGUGCAGCGGAUGAUGGUGGGGGGGAGAAGGUGGACGGCGGGCGCAGCGAGGGAGGAACUGUGGGGGCCAGCGUAGAGAGAACUGGGGGAAGGAUGGGGAUGCUUCUUGUUCCUGCUGGUGCUGCUUCUCCAGCUGUUUCUGCUGAUCGUGCUGUGAAACCUGUCCUUCCCGUUUCCUCAUCCCGAAACCAUGCUUCGUCUGCUGCCGCUGUUGGUGCUGCGACUUACGGCCACCAUCAAGCAACUGGGGACGAAGCUCGCAUGCGGGACCGGUCGAUGGUGAGUCUUUUCAAGGCGAGACAAUCCGCCCUCUUUGCCUUUUACGUGUUUAGGAGGGCCGACCAGGAGGAGUCGCUGUACAAAUUGUACUUGGGAGAGGCUCUCAUGUGUGAGCUGGAGAAGCCGUCCGAAGACGAACUUACUCAGAUCGUGGAAGCCCUUGUUACGAGCAGUGAAGAGUGGGUUGCUUUGGUGGACGGCAUGCUGACCAGAUUCCCCCUAUCAGCAGAGGAGGUCUUGGCAACAGAGGAGGCCGUAGCAGCAGAGGAGUCAACAGCAGAGGAUGACUCAGCAAGAGAGGAUGAGUUUGAAGGUGCACAGGGGGCAGCUUGCACAGGCGUUGUGGAGUCGGCAAUUGAGAGGUCAUUUGUUGCGGCCAAGAAGGCAAUACUGUGCGCUGAGUUCAUCUUUGAGUGGAGGGAUCAGAUAGCAGAGGCUGGGGGGACGGAACUGCUGAGUGGGUGGAGGAAGCCGUAUGAGGAGUUCCUUGGAAAGGAUCUCAUGAGCAAGCUGCAGGAGGUCACAGAGGAGCAGGCACGGCUGGCCAUCGAAGCACACGACUGGGCUCGAUUUGUAGAGGAGAAUGAGAAGGCUGGCAAGGGGGAAGCUAUCAAGGAGACAUGGCGCAGUGUGCUGAACAUUAAGCUGCUUAAAAUGGUUCGGCAGGAGAAGAAGAGGAGGAGGAACGACGAGGAGGGAGGAGGAGGAGGAGGAGGAGGAGGAGGAGGAGGAGGAGGAGGAGGAGGAGGAGGAGGAGGGAGGGAGGAGGAGGAGGAGGAGGAGGAGGAGGAGGAGGAGGAGGAGGAGGAGGAGGAGGAGGAGGAGGAGGAGUGGGAGGAGGAGGAGGAGCAGGAGGAGGAGGAGGAGGAGGAGGAGGAGGAGGAGUGGGAGGAGUGGGAGGAGCAGGGGGAGGAGCAGGGGGAGGGGAAGCAGGGGGAAGGGGAGGAGCAGGGGGAGGAGCUGGGCGAGAGUAGGAGAGCCUGGAAGGGGAGUGGAAAGGAGCAGUGGAGCUGGAUAGCAGAGGAGCAGAGGAUCAGAAGAGAGGGGACAGGAAGAGGGGCAGGGGAGAGGGGAGGGGAGAGGGGCAGGGGAGAGGGGCAGUGGAAAGGGGCAGGGGAGAAGGGUGGGGGGAGAAGGGCGGGGGAGAGGUGCAGGGGAGAGGUGCAGGGGAGAAGGGUGGGGGAAGAAGGGCGGGGGAGAGCGGCGGGGGAGAGGGAGAGGGGCGAGGGAGAGGGGCAGGGGAGAGGGAGAGGGGCAGAGGAGAUGGAGAGGGGCCAAGGUGAUGUUCUGGAGAGGAGGAAGACGAGGAAGAAGCACGAGGGGGAGGAAGGACGAGAAGGUCGGGCGAGGAAAAGGAAGGGCGAGGAGGAGAAGGGAGAGGAGGAUCUUGAGGAGAAGUGCAGCAGCACAAUGGGAAAGGAAAGGGCGAAGAGCAGUCAGCAGAGCCGGUGGCAGAUGCAGCACAUAACGACUUCCCCCUCUCCCCCCCUUAUUCUCCCCCCUCUCCCCCCCUUAUUCUCCCCCCUCUCCCCCCCUGAUUCUCCCCCCUCUCCCCCCCUGAUUCUCCCCCCUCUCCCCCCCUUAUUCUCCCCCCUCUCCCCCCCUUAUUCUCCCCCCUCUCCCCCCCUUAUUCUCCCCCCUCUCCCCCCCUUAUUCUCCCCCCUCUCCCCCCCAUAUUCUCCCCCCUCUCCCCCCCUUAUUCUCCCCCCUCUCCCCCCCUUAUUCUCCCCCCUCUCCCCCCCUUAUUCUCCCCCCUCUCCCCCCCUUAUUCUCCCCCCUCUCCCCCCCUUAUUCUCCCCCUCUCCCCCCCUUAUUCUCCCCCCUCUCCCCCCCUUAUCUCCCCCCUCUCCCCCCCUUAUUCUCCCCCUCUCCCCCCCUUAUUCUCCCCCCUCUCCCCCCUUAUUCUCCCCCCUCUCCCCCCCUUAUUCUCCCCCCUCUCCCCCCCUUAUUCUCCCCCCUCUCCCCCCCUUAUUCUCCCCCCUCUCACCCCCUUAUUCUCCCCCCUCUCCCCCCCUUAUUCUCCCCCCUCUCCCCUCCCCCCUCUCCCCCCCUUAUUCUCCCCCCUCUCCCCCCCUUAUUCUCCCCCCUCUCCCCCCCUUAUUCUCCCCCCUCUCCCCCCUUUUUUCUCCCCCCUCUCACCCCCCUUAUUCUCCCCCCACUCACCCCCUUAUUCUCCCCCCUCUCCCCCCCUUAUUCUCCCCCCUCUCCCCCCCUUAUUCUCCCCCCUCUCCCCCCCUUAUUCUCCCCCCUCUCCCCCCCUUAUGCUCACCCCUCUCCCCCCCUUAUUCUCCCUCCUCUCCCCCCCUUAUUCUCCCCCCUCUCCCCCCCUUAUUCUCCCCCCUCUCCCCCCCUUAUUCUCCCCCCUCUCACUCCCUUAUUCUCCCCCCUCUCCCCCCCUUUUUCUCCCCCCUCUCACCCCCCUUAUUCUCCCCCCACUCACCCCCUUAUUCUCCCCCCUCUCCCCCCCUUAUUCUCCCCCCUCACCCCCCAUUAUUCUCCCCCCUCUCCCCCCCUGAUUCUCCCCCCUCUCCCCCCCUUAUGCUCACCCCUCUCCCCCCCUUAUUCUCCCUCCUCUCCCCCCCUUAUUCUCCCCCCUCUCCCCCCCUUAUUCUUCCCCCUCUUCCCCUCCUUCUCUCCCCCCUAUUCUCCCCCUCUCCCCCCCUUAUUCUCCCCCCUCUCCACCCCGUAUUCUCCCCCCUCUCCCCCCCUUAUUCUCCCCCUUAUCACCCCUUAUUCCCAUUCUCCCCACCUUAUUUUCCCUCCUCUCCCCAAGCGAAGCGCGGCCCCAGGGCGGCAGAGCCGGCAUGGGUGGCGCAGGCAUGGGCCUGGGUGGAGCAGGCCUAG